AUGAGCAAGCCCUUUGCUAGUGCUGCUAAUAAUUCGCAGAAUAGCAAUGGAAAAGAAGUAGGAUUCGGAUCUAAAGCAUGGGGGGGUACCUUACUUAUUUGUCUCGCAGGGUUUGCCUGGUAUCAUCUUGAUCGCUAUCUUACAAAAAAUGGAGAGGUGAAACAUCCAAUUACAGAGAUUAUCGAAUCUCUUAUGAUUCCAGACUCUGAAUGGAAACGGAUCAAUUUACGCAAUACUGAAACAGCACAUAUUUUAGCUAAUGACAGAUGCUUUGAACGAACUAGUCCGUUUCUAAUUGAACCUGGAACUGAUGUUGAUUUAUCAGAUUUAGUAGUCAAAAAUAAUUACGAUUAA